GGGUGAUCCACUGUUAAGGUUCCAUUCCCAAUUGUACUUAUCACCUGAAUCUGAAGAUUCUGUGAAUUUUGGACAGCCAUCUUUUAUAUGUAAGCACUGCAAGGCAUUUGUGUGGUACAAGGAAAGGUCAGAGAAAAAAUGCAAAUUUGAUAAUGUAGACUAUUCUAUUUGUUGUCAAAAAGGAAAGGUUGACCUUCCAUUUUUACAAAAACCACCUCCACUACUUUAUGCCUUAAUGACUAAUGAAGAUCCAAGGAGUGCUCACUUUAGAGACAAUUUAAGGACAUACAACAGUAUGUUUUCAUUCACUUCAAUUGGAGGAAACAUUCAAUCUUCAGUUAAUGAUGGAGGAGGUCCUCCUCAGUUCAUUUUAGGUGGCCAAAAUUAUCACCGCAUUGGGAGUUUGAUUCCAGACGAUGGAAUCCAACCCAAGUUCGCACAACUUUAUAUUUAUGACACUCAAAAUGAAUUGCAAAAUCGAGUAACCCCAUUCGGAUCUAAAGAUAAGCCUCAAGAGUUGGAUACAUCAUUAGUUCAAGAUUUGACUAGGAUGUUUGACGAGUUCAAUUCACUAGCUCAAACUUUCAGAAGGGUCAGAGAUCUUGCAAUAAAUGAGCCUACAUCAGACUUUUCUUUGAGGUUAUUUCGGAGUAGAUCAAAUGGUGGUAGAGUAUACAACUUACCAACUUUCAAUGAGGUAGCUGCCUUAAUUGUAGGUGAUAUGAGCAAUCUCGAGACUAGACGUGACAUUUUGGUGAAAAAAAGAUGGUCGAUUAACCAGGUUGCAUGAAACUCAUCCUUCUUUCAUCCCUUUGCAAUAUCCUUUAUUGUUUCCAUAUGGGGAAGAUGGUUAUCGUGAGGAUAUUCCAAUUAGGGAUACAAUUAUUAAUUCUCAGUCGUCGAAGAAUACGAGUCUCUUUGAGAGAAUUUGUGGCAUUUAGAAUUCAGCAAUGACAAGUUGAGUUCGGAAAUAUAAUUAAUGCCAAGAGGUUGUUCCAGCAGUUUGUGGUGGAUUGUUACACUAUGAUAGAGGCUCAAAGGUUGUCCUUUAUCAGGGCUAAUAAAAAACAAAUCAGGGCUGAUGUUUUGAGUGGGUUACAAGAGGCUAUUGACAAUGGAGAGAAGGAUGCAACUUUAGCAGGAAAACGGAUAAUACUGCCUGGGUCGUUUACGAGCGGGACGAGAUACAUGUUCAACAAUUGUCAAGAUGCUAUGGCAAUAUGCAAAAGAUAUGAAUAUCCAGAUUUAUUCAUAACUAUUACAUGUAACUUGAAUUUGCCAGAAAUACAUGAUGUUGAUUCUGCGAGUGGUUUGGUUGCAUUUGAUAGACCAGACAUUGUAUGCAGGGUAUUCAAGCUAAAAUUACAUCACUUGAUGGCUGACUUGCGAAAACAUAAGGUCUUUGGCAAAGUUAACGCAGGAAUGUACACUAUUGAAUUCCAAAAAAGAGGACUUCCCCAUGCUCAUAUCCUUCUAUGGUUGGAUGGAGAAAACAGACUAAACAACCCAAUAGAUAUUGACAAAGUCAUCUCCGCUGAGUUGCCUCAUUCAGAGUUGUAUCCCAAGUUGGCAGAGGCAGUGAAAACGUUAAUGAUCCAUGGCCCAUGUGGAGCAGCUAACUACAAAUCUCCUAGCAUGAAAGAAAAAAGGUGUGAUAAGUUCUUUCCUAAAAAAUUUACUUCAUCAACAUCCAUUGACGAGGAUGGAUACCCAACCUAUAGACGCCGCGAAACAGGAAUUUCUAUCAACAAGAACGGGGUCAUGUUAGACAACAGGAAUGUUGUUCCUAAUAAUCCGUAUUUGUUGAUGAAGUAUCACGUACAUGUGAAUGUAGAAUAUUGCAAUAAGUCAAAUUCUAUUAAGUGUGUUGGGAAUAUUUUAUGGUGUUCAAUCUAAUUAAAUAUCUUUGUAUUUGUGUAGUUAUUAAUUAAAUGUGUAAUAUGGGCCACAAAUGUAUUUCAGCCCAUUAGCCCACUUGUAAGCCUUAAGUUAGACAUCCUUAUGUAUAAAAGGAUGCUAACUUAAGCAAACCCUAACUCACAUAACUCUCACAAGUCUCACAUAUUAUUCACGCAUAUCUUUCUGAGAGCUUAUACGGUAUAUAGAA